CCGAGGAAAUGGAAGAAUAGAAUUUAGGAGAGAUGAAGGGAAGGUGAUGAUGAUGGUGAUGAUGAUGAUGAUGAUGGAGGGCCUCGUCUUCUUUAGGCUUUGUUUAGGAACAUCAAAUCCUUUCCUUCUUCCUCGCCUUUACUAAAUUUCUACAAAUCUCUCACCAAACUCCAAGUUCCGCCAUUGUUACACCACCUCUGUUCUUCGCAUUUCUCACUUUCCUUUUCUCCUGGAUUCCUCUUCUCCUAAUGUGGUUCAAGUGAGUAAAGAAACAGUGUCGUAUUGUUGGUGAGCGGCUAUUUUUUUUUUUCUCUUGUGAGACUUUUCAGUUCUUCUUAGGGUUCACAUCUUAGAUAGAAAAAUGAAGUGUGCUAAAGGAUGAGUUUUGAAAUAUGGUUCAUAUGGUCAUGGGAAGACUAACUUUUACUGCAAACAUUUGGACAAGGAAUGUUAUCCAAUUUACAAGCUGAAUUGGAAGACCUUCAUCAAGAUUUUGAGGAUUUGAGCAUGUCGAAACGGCUCAUGAGAAGUAUGAGCCAGAAAUUGAGGAGGAAGAAUAACAAAGGUGUUGCUGAGGAAGAGGACAUUUCAAGGGGAAUAUCUUUGAGAUGUCUUACAUUAUAUGGUAGAGGUGGAGGUUGCAAAGUUGGUGCUGACACUGGUGAAGAAAUUGGUGACCCAGGUAGUAGAAGGAGAUCCAGUGCCAGUGAGGAAGGUAAGGGAUAUAAAUCGUUAUUCGGUACUGAAGAAAAUGGUGUGGAUUGCUUCUCAUAUGGUGUAAAGGAAAGAUUUCGUAAGAAACAAAGCCCAAAGCAUUCUGAACUUCGGGACUCGGCGAGGAACAGCGACGUUCAUAUUUUUCUUCCGGAUGACAUUCUGGAAAUGUGCUUGAUGAGGCUUCCUCUUACAAGUCUCAUGAAUGCUCGCCUCGUAUGCAAAAAGUGGAGAUAUUUAACUAGCACUCGUCGUUUUUUACAAAUGAGACGGGAAUGUUUAUAUCAGACUCCAUGGAUAUUUUUAUUUGGUGCUGUUAAAGAGGGCUAUUGCUCUGGCGAGAUACAUGCACUGGAUGUAUCUCUAAAGCAAUGGCAUAGAAUAGAUGCUGAUAUUCUCAAGGGAAGAUUUAUGUUCUCUAUAGCCAGUAUCCAGGAUGAUAUAUAUGUCAUUGGUGGUUGUUCUAGCUUGACCAACUUUGGGAAAGUAGAUAAGAGCUCCUUCAGGACCCAUAAAGGGGUCUUAGUGUUUAGUCCUUUAACUAAAUCUUGGCGCAAAAUUGCGUCUAUGAAGUAUGCCAGAUCAAUGCCUAUAUUGGGAACUUCUGAGGUCAACUCAGAUUUUUCAGUAGUUCAGAGCCAUCAUAAUCGGCAAGAUAGACGUUAUAUGAGAUCACGUGCCGGUGGUUCAUUGGAUGUUUAUGAGGAUCCUCACAGGCUCUCCCUAAGACGUCAAGUCAGAAAUCCUGUGGAAGACAACGAUAUUUCAAUGUUGUCUAAUAGGAAGUCAUAUAAGUUUAUUCGACAAAAGAGUGAUCAGUCUCGUGCAAAGGGACAUCGUAGGUUUGUGAUUAUUGCUAUAGGAGGCCUAGGAUCUUGGGAUGAGCCGAUAGAUUCAGGAGAGAUUUAUGAUUCAUCAUCAAAUAAAUGGACAGAAAUUCAGAGGCUCCCUGUGGAUUUCGGUAUUAUAUGUUCUGGGGUUGUCUGCAAUGGGAUCUUCUAUGUUUAUUCCGAGACAGACAGACUUGCAGGUUAUGACAUCGAAAGAGGCUUUUGGAUUGGAAUCCAAACAUCCCCAUUCCCACCUCGUGUUCAUGAGUACUACCCCAAACUUGUAUCCUCUAAUGGUCGGCUGUUCAUGCUUUCCGUCUCCUGGUGUGAAGGGGAUGGACAAAUAGGGCAGAGAAACAAGGCUGUGAGGAAACUGUGGGAGUUAGAUCUUGUGUACCUUGCCUGGACAGAGGUAUCAGUGCAUCCCGAUGCGCCAAUGGACUGGAAUGCUGCAUUUGUUGCUGACAGAAACCUUAUAUUUGGAAUUGAAAUGUUCAAAAUCUUCGGCCAGGUACUAGACUUUUUGACAGUGUGUGACAUCUCCAACGUGGUAUCGGACUGGAAUCACAUUUCAAGAACUCGUGUAACUCAUGAAAUGGAUGCAUCUUCCUGCUUGACCAAAUCAAUGGCAGUUCUCCAUCUUUAAGAUCCUCUCUCUCUAUCCGCCUCAGUUGCCUUGAGCUUGAAGAAAUUUGAAAUAAUGCUUUCUCAUGUUGAAGAUAUAUGGUGCAAUCCAAAGGUAAAAUUUCACAUCUUGUAUCAAAAUUUUUUUGGACGCGAUUAAUUCAUCUUAGUUUCUUCAACAGACAUUAGGGGUUAUAUAUUGGCCCUCACUGUGUAAUUUUAUGUCAAAUCAUCUUUCUCGUAAUUGAUUUUAUAUCUCAAGUAAAUUCCGUUUUGUUUCAUGAUAUUCCACGAACACAAGUUUUAGCAUAAUAAACUUUUUGUGCUGAUUGAUUAUCGUUC